ACACUUGAGCGCCGCUGCGCACACGGCAGAAGAUCCGCCGCCACUCAUCUCCAGGAACAACUCUUUGUUUCUAACCUCCUUGGGUCGGAAAUACGGACUCUUUUGAUGCGAUUUAAAGCUCACUACAAUAUAAGGCGGUGGCGUCAAGUUAAUUUAAAUCCAAGCUUUGUUUGACUGUGGGAUAAUCGUGCAAGAUCUGCAGUGGAUACACUACUCCCGCGUGCGGACAGAGGAGCUCAAAGGAUCUGGGUGGAUGAUUUUAAAUAUUGACCAGCUUUAUCACAGUAUUCACUGGUGUUAACUGCAAGCUCCUGGACUCAUCUCCCUCUCUUCUGUUAACAAACAGAGGGACAAUGUUGUGGGACAAACUGUGCUGGCUGCUGGCCCUGCUGGCCCUAACGUCCGGGGGGCUGCCCCCCUCCAACGAGCCCCUCUCUGCUCCCAGGAUCUUCCUGUCCUUCAAAGAGUUGAAGUCCACUGGCACUGCUCAUCACUUCUCCUUUUUGCUGAACUCAACCGACUAUCGGAUCCUUCGCAUGGACGAAGACCACGACCGCAUGUACGUGGGCAGCAAGGAUUACAUCCUCUCUCUGGAUCUGCACGACAUCAACAAGGAGCCACUGAUUAUCCACUGGCCUGUUGUCCCCCAGAGGAAGACUGAAUGUGUGCUAUCGGGGAAAGACACCAAUGGGGAGUGUGGAAACUUCAUCCGUUUGAUUGAACCAUGGAACCGCACCCAUCUGUACGUGUGUGGAACCGGUGCAUACAACCCUAUCUGCACCUACGUGGACCGAGGACGCAGGUCACAGGGGUCCUACUAUCUACAGGCACCCCAAUCUGGAGGGAGAACGAGUCGGGCAGCAGACUACAGCACAACGUCAGAGCCUUUGGAGGCGAAGGAAUACAUUUUCCGACUUGAACCUGGGAAAGUGGAUUCUGGGAAAGGAAAAUGUCCGUAUGACCCCAAACUUAACAGUGUCUCCGCUUUGAUCAAUGGAGAGCUGUAUGCAGGAGUCUACAUUGAUUUCAUGGGAACAGACUCUGCUAUCUUCCGUACGCUGGGGAAGCAGACAGCCAUGAGGACGGAUCAGUACAACUCCAGAUGGUUAAACGACCCCACAUUCAUCCACGCACACCUCAUCCCAGACAGCGCUGAAAAGAAUGAUGACAAGCUCUACUUCUUCUUCCGCGAGAAAGCCUCUGAGAUGGGCCAAAGUCCCAUGACCCAGUCCAGGAUAGGGCGGAUCUGCCUGAACGAUGACGGUGGACACUGCUGUCUUGUCAACAAGUGGAGCACGUUCCUGAAAGCACGACUCAUCUGCUCAGUGCCGGGAGUCGACGGCAUUGAGACGCACUUUGACGAACUGAGGGAUGUGUAUAUCCAGCCAACUCAAGACACCAAGAACCCUGUCAUCUACGGAGUCUUCUCAGUUUCAGGAUCUGUGUUUAAAGGCUCGGCGGUGUGCGUUUACUCCAUGGCCGACAUCCGCAUGGUGUUCAACGGCCCUUUUGCCCACAAAGAGGGGCCUAACUACCAGUGGGUGGCUUACACUGGGAAGAUCCCUUAUCCACGACCUGGCACUUGUCCUGGAGGCACUUUCACCCCCAACAUGAAAUCCACAAAGGAUUAUCCAGACGAGGUGAUCAACUUCAUGAGAAACCACCCCACCAUGUACAAUGCUGUUUAUCCAGUGCACAAGCGCCCCCUGGUGGUCAGAACCAAUGUGGAUUAUGAGUUUACCACAAUCGCUGUGGAUCAGGUGGCAGCUGCUGAUGGAAACUAUGAGGUGCUUUUCCUGGGAACAGAUCGUGGAUCAGUCCAGAAAGUGAUCGUCCUGCCAAGAGACGACCUGCAGACAGAGGAGCUGGUGUUAGAGGAGGUGGAAGUUUUUAAGGUCCCCACAGCUAUCACCACCAUGAAGAUUUCAUCAAAACGGCAACAACUGUAUGUGGGUUCAGUCUUGGGCGUGACCCACCUGGCUCUGCAUCGCUGUGAUGUGUACGGAGAGGCCUGUGCUGACUGCUGCCUGGCCAGAGAUCCGUACUGCGCCUGGGAUGGAAAAACCUGCUCCAGAUACUCCAACUCUCAGAAGAGAUCUGACCCCUCUAGACGGAGCCGUCGGCAGGAUGUGAAGUACGGCAACCCUAUCCGCCAGUGCAGAGGUUAUAACUCUAACUCCAAUAAAAAUACAGUGGAGUCAGUUCAGUAUGGGGUGGAGGGCAGCACUACGUUCCUGGAGUGUCAGGCCAGGUCUCCUCACAUGUCUCUUAAGUGGCACCUGCAGAAGGAAAACAGCGACAGGAGGAAAGAGAUCCGCUCAGAGGGCCGCACCCUGAAAACAGAACAAGGUCUUCUGAUCCGCUCCCUGCAGUCGUCUGACAGCGGUAUCUACCAGUGCACGUCCACAGAGAAAAACUUCAAACACACGCUCGUCAAACUACAGCUCGUAGUCCUCUCCAGCCGCACAGUUAACAACGUGUUGGUGGAAACGGGCAGCCCAGCUCUCCCUCCACUGCAGUCCAGUGCCUGGACUCCAAGCGUGGGUCAGUAUAAAGACCUGCUGACCAUCCUGAGCCAGCCAGAGAUGGGUCUGAUCAACCAGUACUGCCAGGACUACUGGCAGCUUGGAGAGGGCGGCCUCGGGGACAGCAAAGCCAAAAGCCUGAAGGAGCUGAAGGAGCAGAAGAAACCCCGCAACCGCCGGCAUCACGAUGAGCAAACGACUCCAGCUGAGACAUGAGGAGCUGGACUUUCACCUUAUCAUACUCAAACACCACCUGUCUACCUUUUCACGCCUCCUCCUGAACACUGCAUCCCUCCAUUUAGGGGAAAGACUCCAGUUAGAAAAAUCAAACUAUCACAAUGGACGACUGCAACCAAAAGCAACAACAUCAUACAGGAAAAAAUACACAAUAUUUAUUGUAGGUUGUAAAAAGUAAUUCUUUGUACCUAUCUAGAAAACAUGUUUUUUGUGAAUAGGUAAAUGUGCAAAUAUUGUUGUUAUUAUGAUAUUAUUGUUAGUGUUCUUGUUUAUUACAAUGUGUUAUUAUGUUGAGAAUAUCUUUAUGUUUGGUGUUUUUGAGAAACAGCAACAACUACCCAGGAUGCUGGGAGUAUCCACACAUGGACAAGGACAGGAACUGUUUGAGGCAGCCAUGUUGGAUCACAUGAUUCUUGGCAGUGUUCACUGUCAAAGCUGGAAGCAGAGUCUCCGGUUAAACUCUUAAACUUCCCUUAACUUCUUCACCAGAACUCUUCACUAUAUAGCAGACUCUAUUUUGUAUUCUAACUGUGAGAUACAAGCCGCUGACAGAGCGAUUACUGCAUUUCUUGGGACAUGUGGAUAAAAGAAAUGCCGACUGACUGCAGCUCUGCCACUGUGUCACACUUAUACGGUCAUGUGUUGAUAAAAGUUACCUGCAUGUCAGGUAAGACGUCUCUCCUUUAUGUUGUGGUCCAGCCUGGAUUCAAGUUACAAUGGUACAUCACAUAAAUUCUUCCAAAAUCUGUUGCUGCCAAGUGUUUGUUUGUUUCAAUGUGAAUACCACAUCUCAAUGUUGUAUCCUAAACAAUCUCUGUGAUCUUUGUGAUAAGCUGUUUUUUUUUUUUUCCAUGGUUGUAUUUUUUUUCGGGGAAAGGGUCUUUUGACGACACAAAAGCUGAAAAUAUAACAUUGCCUUCUCUUUUCUUUUCAUAGAAAAGAAAUUCCAGCAGGCAGCUAUAUGUGACUUUGUGACAGUUUGUGAUUAAAAACAUAGACAAGCACUUUCUGUUGCCAAAUUAGUAAUCUUGGUAGACGGUAAUUACUUCAUACGUAUCUAUGGCAUUUGCAGUAUGUUCAUUUUAGGCGAGCAGUUUGUACCGUCAAAGGAGGGUGGUCCAGUGGGUGGACUUGGGUGGCAUUGACCAGCCUUGAAAUUUGAUUUGCUGCCCCAAAAAAAUUAAUGAUGAUGAUUGGUUAUCUGUCUGGUCAGAAGUAGGACUUAAUUUAAAACCAUCAGAUUCGAUUUCAGAGAUACGUCUUCCUUUUAGUCAUUAAAAAAGUAAGGCAUAAAAGAUCUUAUAUGUUGUCAGUGUUGUUACUUUAAAAACAAAAAAAACUGUACAUCGUAAUUUAACAACUGUACGGUGCAACAAUGUUCACGGCUAAAGUAAGUAUCAUAAGUAGAGAAAUCAUCAUAAAUAACUGCUACUUUGGCAAAUGUGUGUGCACACAUACUUCAGGCCUCCUCUGCACCCCCUCCAAAUACAUCUGGACAUUAUUUUGUUGUUUUAUCUCUCGCUGUGUCCAAGGUUUGCAUUCCUGCCAGUUUUACGCUAAAUGUUGAUUUCACUGAAGUCUAGUAAACGCUAAUCAUGCAAUAAAUCUACAGCUGUCAGAGUACAGCGACGUGCCGAUUUACAGCACUUGGGAAUAGACUACGUUGAUUGGUGCUGGUUAACAACUUUUUCUGUCAGUCCGAUGCAGUGCCAUCCUGCUUUCAUACGUGCCAGAAACUUCAUAUCAAGCUACUUCCAUACAGUAAAGAUUUAAAAAACACUGUCGCAAGUGCAACCACUAAGAAGCUGAUCACCAAACCUGAAGAGAAACACCAUGUACUAAAAUCUUCAGAGGGUGACUUUUCAUUGUGCAUGGCAUGUACAGUGUAUGUAUAUGGUAUUUGUCUAAAACACUAUGUUGCUGUGGAUGUCUUUCUUGUUGUGGGAAUAUGGAAAAACUGCCAGUGCAAGAAAGAGGUGCUCAACCCCACAACUUGUUGUGGGACAAAGUACACUCGGGUCAGAUUGUGAUUUUAAAUCUCUCUCUCUCUCUCUCUCUCUCUCUCUCUCUCUCUCUCUCUCUCUCUCUCUCUCUCUCUGUAUGUCUCUUUCUCUCUUCUCAGCAGAUUUGCAUAUAGUUUCAAACAUGUGCAUCUAUUUUAUUUUGUCUGUUUGGCAGACUUUGCUCUGGUUCAUUGAGGUAAAGUAAUGUAUGAUAUAAUGCACAGUCGAUGUUAUUGUUAUGACUUGUAAAAAAAUUACUAUCUUUUCUUCCUCAUCAAUGUUGCUGACUAAUAAAUUAAAGCUCUAUAUUUUAUAAUAA